AUGUCAUCAGAAGAGAUUGAAGAAAAGAGGAUCAAUGAGGAGUAUAAGAUAUGGAAGAAGAAUACACCUUAUUUGUAUGAUAUGAUCAUCACUCAUGCAUUGGAGUGGCCUUCUUUAACAGUGAAUUGGAUGCCUUUUAAAACAACUCCCGCCAACAAGCAGUACUCUAUUGAGAAGGUUGUGUUGGGAACACAUACAUCGGAUGCUGAACAGAAUUAUUUGAUGGUGGCAAAGGUUCAUUUGCCAAUUGAUGGCGCAUCGAUUGAUGCUAUAAAGUAUGAUGAUCAGAAGGGCGAGGUUGGAGGUAUCGGAACGGUCAGCGAGAAGAUUGAGAUUGUACAGAAGAUCAACCAUGAGGGAGAGGUGAACCGCGCGCGCGUCAUGCCCCAGAACCACACAAUCAUCGCCACCAAGACCGUGUCGUCAGAGGUCUACGUGUUUGACACGAGCAAGCAUCCAAGCGAGCCAACGCCCGACGGAAAGUGCACACCCAACCUCAAGCUGCUGGGCCACCAGAAGGAGGGCUACGGCAUCUCUUGGUGUCCCAUCAAGGAGGGAUACCUGCUGAGCUGUUCAGACGAUCACACCAUCUGCAUGUGGAACAUCAAUGGCGCCACCAAAGCAUCGAGCACUCUGGACGCCGAGAACAUCUUCCACGGACACGAGUCCAUCGUCGAAGAUGUCGGAUGGCACUACCACCACGAUUCAUACUUUGGUUCAGUUGGCGAUGAUCGCAAGCUCAUCUUAUGGGACACAAGAACAGGAACCAAGCCAUUGCACACUGUUGAAGCACAUACUUCUGAAGUCAACUGUCUGUCAUUCAAUCCAUUCAGUGAGUUCUUGGUGGCCACUGGAUCGACCGACAAGACUGUGGCACUGUGGGACAUGCGAAACCUGUCUAGCCGUCUGCACACACUCAUCUCGCACACGGACGAGGUGUUCCAGGUGCAGUGGUCGCCGCACAACGAGACGGUGCUGGCGUCAUGCGGAUCAGAUCGCCGCGUCAACGUGUGGGAUCUGUCUCGCAUCGGCGAGGAGCAGAACAACGAGGAUUCUUCGGACGGUCCCCCCGAGCUGCUGUUCAUCCACGGCGGUCACACCAGCAAGAUAUCAGACUUCUCGUGGAAUCCUCAUGAUCCAUGGGCCAUCGCGUCUGUGGCCGAGGACAACAUUCUGCAGAUUUGGCAGAUGGCCGAGAACAUAUACAAUGACAAGGAGGAGGAUGAGAAGGUGUCCCUUUCAGAGCUGGGCGAA